AUGGCCAAGGAAGCAAACAUCAUCUACUAUACCGCCUUCUCGCCCAAUGGCCACAAAAUCGCGAUUACCCUCGAAGAACUCGGGCUCCCCUACGAUAUGGUGCACGUGAAUUUACCGUCUAUUCAACAUAAAGAGCCGUGGUUCCUGGCCAUCAAUCCAAAUGGUCGUAUCCCUGCAUUAACAGACAAACUGGAAGACGGCACGGAGAUCAAGUUAUUCGAAUCGGGAAGUAUUCAACAAUAUCUAGUCGACAGAUUCGAUACUGACCAUAAGAUAUCGUACCCCCGGGGCACCAAAGAGUAUUAUCAGACCAACAACUGGCUUUUCUUCAUGAAUGCGGGUAUCGGUCCCAUGCAAGGCCAAGCCAAUCAUUACGUCCGAUAUCGUCUCUCGUCCGAGCCGGAGCAGUAUUCGAAGGAUAGAUAUGUCAAUGAGACCCGACGGCUAUAUCGCACCCUCGACAAGCAUUUUCAAGACUCCAAAUCCGAGUAUCUGGUGGGAGACAGGCCCACCAUUGCUGACAUAGCCAUCUCUUCCUGGACCAAUAUCCUUGACUUCAGUGGUGUAGAUAUCAACGAAUUCCCGCACGUUCGGACAUGGCAAAACCGCAUGGCUUCGCGACCAGCAGUACAAAGGGGAUACAACACUCCAAAGAAGAUCGACUUGGAGGCGUUGGCAAAGGACCCGCAGGCUUUCAAAAAGCACCUCAAAACGAACGAAGACUGGAUCAGACAGGGUAUGGAGGAGAACGAGAAAAAGUAA